UAAUACCCAAUUCGCCCUAACUAUUUGGGCAACCCAAGGAUGAAUAGUAUUUCUCAUCUCUUGAUUAUCAGUGGAAGUUGAUCCGAAAUAUAUACAGUUUUAUGUGGCAAAGAAUUUCGCGCAUUGCCCACACAAUCCCUACACGCCAGCCAAUAAGAAGCCAGUUUCCAUUUGCCCACUAGCUUGUGUGGAAGAUCACACUAGCUCCAUUGAAGAAGAAGAAGAGCGCUUCGACGCGGACGUAUCUGAUGAUGCAGACUUGGUUGUGUGCUACUACUACCACCGUUUCCUUUGGUUGGCCGCACAGCAAAGCCGCAGGUCUUCUUUCUUUCAGGUCCUGCUCUUUUCAGCAACUGAUGAAGAUACCCAGAUGGAAUACUCCGCUGCAGUCCUCUUGGGGACACUUGCAUUCUUCUGCUGACCCUCCAUGUGAUCAUAUAUUUUAUCCGACUGCCAUUGAAAUGUGAAGCUGCAGCUUCUUGUGAGUUUUCACUCUGUCACACCCUUGACCCAUACCUUCUAGUUAAUCUAGUAAAUGGUAAUGCGAACAAGAAAUCUCCAAUCUUUAGCAAGAUUUAUCACUACCUCCACCCUGAAAAGGAGUACCCAUGUGGACGUUUACUCUUACAACCGAACGAUCGACGAUUUGAUGAAGUCUGGUGGCUUAGAUUCAGCUGUCCAGUUAUUUGAAUCUAUGCCAGCCCGUGACGUUAUCUCAUGGAAUUUGGUAAUUGCUGGUCACGCUCGCCAUGGAUUUCCACUGUUGGCCAUUGAUUUUUUCAAGGUAAUGGUUUCAGAAGGUGUUAGAGAAAGCUCAUCUACAUUUUCUUCCGUUUUGUCUAUUUGUAGCAAUGCUGGGUUUCAUCGAGAAGGCUAUCAAGUGCACUGCAGAGGGAUUUUACUUGGAUUUGAUUCAAAUUUGUUUGUUGGGUCUGCUCUCGUUCAUCUAUAUAUGUCUACUGGAAGCUAUUAUGUGGCUCUGAAAUUGUUCGAUGAAUUGCCGGAGAGGAGUUUAGCCACAUGGAAUUUGGUUCUUCGCGGGCUUUGUUGGUUUGGUCGUUCAGAUGAGUUAGAGCUUUACGGGAGAAUGGAAUUAGAUGGUAUUAAACCAAGUUGUGUUACUUUUAGUUAUUUGAUCCAUGCAUGUGGCAUUGGAGGGUACUUGGAUAAAGGAAAGCAGCUCCAUUGCUAUGUGAUCAAGAUUGGAUUGUUGCAGUCAAACCUGUUUGUUGCUAAUGCUUUGGUUGAUCUUUAUUCGAGUUGCGGAAGCUUGAUUGAUGCAAGAAAAUCAGUCGAAAUCAUUCCUGUUGAAGACAUAAUUUCUUGGAACUCAAUUAUCUCUAUUUAUGCUGAUCAUGGUUUAUUGCCUGAAGCACUUGAAUUUUUUGCUCAGAUGCAGUCAUGGGGUAAGAAGCCCUCAGUUCGCUCAUUCGUUGGAUUACUGAAUUUAGCUAGCAGAACUGAGAAUCCUCAAUUUGGAAAGCAGGUUCAUGGGUAUGUUCUAAAACUGGGAUUUGAACAUGGAAAUGUCUAUGUUCAAUCUGCAUUGAUUGACAUGUAUGGGAAGUGUGGUGAGAUAGAGAGAUCGGUAUCCUUGUUCGAGGAAAGUCCAGAGAGAACAAUGGAGUGUUGCAACUCACUUAUGACUUCUUUGUUAAAUCACAAUGCCAUUGAGGAUGUAAUCGAGUUGUUUGGGUUGAUGAUUUAUGAGGGAGUGGGAUUGGAUGAAGUCACUUUUUCCACGACACUGAAGGCAUUGUCAUCGUCCGCCAUGGUGAGUUUGACAAGCUGCACACUGCUACAUGGGUGUGUAGUAAAGUUGGGAUUUGAAUCUGAUAUUGCAGUUUUGUGUUCUUUGAUCGAUGUGUAUUCAAGAUGUGGCCAUGUCGAACUUUCAAGCAGGGUCUUCAAACAUAUUCCAGUUCUGAACACGUUCUGUUUCACAUCGAUCAUUGCUGGGUAUGCUCGAAACGGUAUGGGUAGAGAGGGACUAGAGAUAUUUGAGGCUAUGAUUCAGAACAAUGUGGAGGCUGAUGCCAUAACAUUCUUGUGUGUGUUAACGGGUUGCAAUUACUCAGGUUUGGUAAGAGAAGGUCAGUUGGUGUUUGAAGCAAUGAAAUCCGUUCAUGGGCUCUGCCCAGACCGGAGACACUAUUCAUGUCUGGUCGAUCUUCUUGGGCGAAAAGGCUUGUUAGAGGAAGCAGAAGAGUUGCUGAAACUUGCUCCAGUCAAGGGUGACUCAGUGAUGUGGAGCUCAUUGUUGAGGAGCUGUAAGGUCCACCAAAAUGAAAAGGUGGGAAGGAGAGCUGCAAAAGCUCUUAUAGAGCUCAAACCAGACGAUCCUGCAGCUUAUCUACAGGCCUUGAGUUUCUAUUCUGAACUUGGGGAUUCAGAUACCGCAGAGAAAAUUAGACAGACAUUAGGGAGAAGGAAGAUGAGGAAGGACAUUGGCUAUAGUUGGAUUGAGUUGAAUACUUAUGGCUACCCUUGACACUAUGGAGAGACUAACAAUACGCUUUGGCGGUAGCAGCGAAGCCGUUCUUUUCCAUGUAUAGACUUUACCAAUAACUGAUCAAGAAGGUCGUAAUAGAGCAACCUUACCGUUA